AAAUUCUGCAUUUAAUCAUUAAUCUCCUUCAUUAACAGGUCAGUAAGAAAAAGCUCAGUCUUGAUGCAACAAGAAGGUAGCUACAGGAGAUCUCGUUUCAUGCAACAAAGUUUGAUAAUGAUCCACUGGUGGUUGUGGAUCUGUCUUUGCUUUUCAACAUCUGUUCUGUCAGACCCACCAAAGCUUGUUGGUGCCCCUAAAGAUGUGGACCCUAAUAAUCCCAAAGUAAAACAAAUGGCUGCGUUUGCAUUAGGUGAAUAUAACAAGGCUUCAAAAAACGGGUGCACUUAUGAAAUCAACAACAUCAUUAAAGCUCAGGAGCAGAUUGUUGCUGGUGUGAAAUAUAUUCUUACUGUUGCAAUGAAAGUAAAAACAUGCAAGAAGACUGAAACCCUAAAGGUCCAAAGAAAAAAGAAAUUACUAAAAUGUACAUUUGAAGUACUUGAGCAGGCUUGGCGCAACUCUACCCAAAUGCUGAAAAGCAAGUGCCAUUAAACAAGAACUACUGAUGAAGAUGAACUCCUAAGGAAAUGUGUGUACUAAGUGUUACUUGCUUUAUUUCAUCUCAAACUGAGAAUUUAGUUUUGCUGCUCCAUUUUCCACUGCUUAGAUGACAGAACUACUAAAGUUAACUGUGUCAGAGUUGUUCUUUUUAUUAAUAACAUUUUAGUCAUUUCCAAAAUAUGAUUCCUGUUAAGGAUCUGAAUGCACAUACCUACAUAUUAUAUGGUUAUACAGGUACUGUUUCAAAGUGCAUGGGUGUUGUCAAGCAGCUCAUCUGAAAAAGGCCCUAAAGUGUGUUGAACCUAAAAAGAUUACAGUAUGAAUCCACGUAUAUUUGCACUAAUACCUAUCUACAAUCUAACAUUAAAUUGUUUAAGUUGUAUAUAAUAAGAGAAACUACAGUUUAUGAAAUGAUUAAGCCAGCUAGACAGAAUUUAAGAAUUUAGAGCGAUCACUUUCUGUGUAAGGUAUAGACAUAUAAUUACAACAGCAGUGCUAAAACUUCUAAAUAAAAAAAACUUGAUUGCCUAAAA